ACACCCUUAUUAAUAAUGUCUUUUUAUAUAUAUAAAAAAAAGAACACCAAUACGUAGCUAUACAGCAUUUUUGUGAUUCACAUGCAUGGCCUCACAGCCACUGAGAAAUCACCGCCAGAUGACGAUAUUUCCUUUUCCUUCAACACUCACAAGAAAACCGCUUAAACUCUACACUUUCUUCUCAUCAAUUAAAUCCUCCAUCCAUCACCUUGAUUUCUUCUUCUUCUUCAACAACAACAACCCAUUUUGAACCACAUUCUUCCAUGGCAGCCAACGAAGAAGAAGUACCCAAAAGGGUCCAAUACCCAUUGGACUCUUGCUCCUACAAGUUACUCGACAAGAUAGGUACUGGUGUCAGUGCCAUUGUCUACAAAGCAAUCUGUGUGCCAAUGAACUCUUCACUUGUAGCAAUCAAAUCCAUAGACCUUGAUCGUUCACGCCCUGACUUGGACGAUGUUCGACGCGAAGCAAAGACCUUAUCUCUUCUUUCUCACCCAAACAUCCUCAAAUCUCACUGUAGCUUCACUGUGGAUCGUCGUCUUUGGGUGGUGAUGCCAUUCAUGGCUGGUGGUUCUUUGCAAUCCAUCAUUUCUCACUCUUUCCCAGAUGGCUUACCCGAACCAUGCAUAGCUGUGGUUCUCAAAGAGACUCUGAAUGCUCUCUCUUACCUCCAUGGUCAAGGACAUCUUCACAGGGACAUAAAAGCAGGAAAUAUCCUAGUGGACUCAAAUGGAUUGGUGAAGCUUGCAGAUUUUGGUGUCUCUGCUUCCAUUUAUGAGUCUUUGAGUUCAUCGUCUGGUGCAGCAUGUUCUUCAUCUUCUUCUUCUCUUAUGCUUACUGGUGUUGCUGGCACACCAUAUUGGAUGGCUCCUGAGGUCAUUCACUCACACACAGGCUACAGUUUCAAGGCUGAUAUAUGGUCAUUGGGGAUAACUGCUUUGGAGUUAGCACAUGGAAGGCCUCCUCUCUCUCAUCUUCCUCCUUCUAAGUCUAUGAUACUCAAGAUCACCAAGCGGUUUCGGUUUUCAGAUUUUGACAAAUAUAGGAAGGACCAUGGUGGCAAGAAGUUCUCCAAGGCCUUCAAGGACAUGGUGGCUUCUUGCCUUGACCAAGACCCUUCAAGGAGACCCACUGCUGAGAAACUUCUCAAGCAUCCCUUCUUCAAAAACUGCAAGGGCUCUGAGUUUCUAGUGAAGAAUGUGCUGCAAGGGUUGCCUAGUGUUGAGAAAAGGUAUAAAGAGAGCAAGAUUCUGCAGCAUUCAACGAGUAACGAGGAGGAGGAUGAAGAGGAUGAUGAGCAGCAAAAUAUGAAGCAGAGAAGGAUCAGUGGUUGGAACUUCAAUGAAGAUGGGUUGGAACUCGACCCUGUAUUCCCGAACGAUCAGACCAACUACGAUGAUUCUAUUGUUAAAGAAGUCAGGUUUGGAGGUGAAACUGUUAUCCAAGACACGGGUGUUCAGAUGGGUGAAUCAGAAGAGCAUGGUGUUGCUGCAUCAAGAACCACGAGGGAGCCAAACCCGAGUGCUGUUAAUGUUGAUGAGGUUGACACCUUAGUGGGUAUUCAUGGUUCUGCAGGAGUGGGAAAAGCUGGAAGUGUUGAGGUUGGAAACCGCGAAGCCAUGUUGGCCACUCUGAAUGUAUUAAAAGGGAGCUUGGAACAAGAGCUUGGGCAAGUUAAGUUUCUGAUGAAUAUGUUACAAAGAGAGGAGCCUCAAGUGGUUGAUAGUGAGGAACAAAUGAUUUCAAGGCUGAUGACUGAAUUGGAAAACGAGAGGAAGAAGAACUUGCAGUUAGAGUUGCAGAUUGAGGCCUUCAAGCUUCAGCUUUCUUCCGGUGUUAAUUAAUAGUUCUAAAAUCUAAUCGAAGGUCUCAAACAGUUAACAUCUAAACAGGUUUGGAAAAAAUUAUAUUGAAAGAGAGAAGCAAAACUCCCUAAACGUGGUGUGUUUCCCUCCAAAAUGAUCUCGUUUUUGAUUGAAAGUGGUACUUUAUCUCUACUGAGACAGAUACGAAACACUCCCCCUUCUCUCUCUAUAUAUAUAAUGUCCCAAGCCGUUAGGAUUGUUUUAAAGGUAAGGGAUUUAGAUAGAUAUAGUAUUUCAGGUCACUAGAUUGGUUUAGUGCUAAGAGGUUUACAUAGUUUGAAUGAGGUAAGCUCCAAAUCUCAAUGCUACCCUAAUAUAAAAAAAAAUUGUGAUAUACUGUCGACGAUCGAGACUCCGGUUUGGUAUAUCUUGUAAGUUGUAUUCAUUUGUUUUAUGUUGUAAUUCACGUGUACU